AUGGCUCAGGUAAACUGCACCCAGGUGACAGAGUUCGUCCUUGUGGGGCUCACGGAGCGUCAGGAGUUGAAGAUGCCCCUCUUUGUGGUGUUCUUAUCCAUCUACCUUUGCACAGUCGCAGGCAACCUGGGUUUGAUCUUGGUCAUUAGAACAGAUGCAAGACUCAACACGCCCAUGUACUUCUUCCUCAGCAACCUGGCAUUUGUUGAUUUCUGUUACUCUUCUGUCAUCACACCCAAGAUGCUUGGGAAUUUCUUGUACAAACAAAAUGUGAUCUCCUUCAAUGCAUGUGCCGCUCAGCUAGGCUGCUUCCUCACAUUCAUGGUUUCAGAGUGCUUGCUGCUUGCUUCCAUGGCUUAUGAUAGGUAUGCAGCCAUUUUUAACCCUCUCUUGUACAUGGUCACAAUGUCACCAGCAAUAUGCAUCCAGCUUGUCGCUGUCCCCUAUAGCUAUAGCUUUCUGAUGGCAUUGUUUCAUACUGUUGUCACCUUCAGCCUCUCCUAUGGCCACUCCAAUAUCAUCAAUCACUUCUAUUGUGACGACAUGCCUCUCCUCAGGCUAACAUGCUCAGACACUGACUCCAAGCAGCUGUCGAUUUUGGUCUGUGCCGGAAUCACAUUCAUUACAUCUGUUCUGAUUGUGUUUGUCUCCUACAUGUUCAUUCUCUCUGCCAUCCUGAGGAUGCACUCAGCUGAGGGAAGACGCAAAGCCUUUUCCACAUGCAGCUCCCACAUGAUGGCCGUGAGCCUAUUCUAUGGGACUCUCAUCUUUAUGUACUUACAACCCAGUACUGAACAUUCUCUCGACACAGACAAGAUGGCGUCUGUCUUCUACACAGUCAUCAUCCCCAUGUUGAACCCCUUGAUCUACAGCCUCAGGAAUAAGGACGUGAAAGAUGCUCUAAAGAAAUUCGUGGAAAAAAUAUUUAUAAUACCUCUGGUCAACAUGGAGAAGGGUUUCAGCUCUGGUCCAGUAGGAUUUCUCAGUGAUCUGGCAGUCCACGUAGUAUUUGAGUAG